AAAAAUCCUGAAGUCGUCGUCUUCGCUCAUUCAUUCAGUUAUUCAGUCAUUCUUUUGUUGUUCCAAAUUUUAAUAAUUAUAAUUGCAUACGAUUGCUUAAGAAAGUUCUUCUGAACUUUUGACUGUCUGAUGAAUACGGUGUAAAUAGUUUCCGGAUAUCUUACAUAUUAAUUCGAUUGCUGUGAAAGUCGAGCUUGAAGCUGAAGGAAGUAUCUUGUGUUAUCUACGUGUGUCUAAAUUCGUCUUAAUUAUUUAAUAAUCAUGAUUGGAGUAAGUUUACUUUGUGGAUGCCGUUCGGGUUUUAAUGCUUAUGGCACAAAAUUGAUGAAAUUUUCGCUAUGUGGAAACACACCUACUCAAGUAAUGAUAUCCCGGGUGUAUUCGCAACAAGGACGAGAAACUGCUUGGAGAACUUCCCGAGCUCGUAAACUAGCUUGGGAACAGGCUGCUGCUAAACCCGCAACCGGAAGAGCGAUUACAAUUGGUCGCGGAGCUGUUGGAGGAGCUGCCGUUUUUGGAAUUGGCGCUUUGGCUUAUUACGGUCUGGGUUUGAGUAACCAGAGCGGAAUUAUCGAACAGUCAAUAUUAUGGCCACAAUAUGUUCGCGAUAGAGUUCGGGCUACGUACCUAUAUUUUGGAUCUUCCAUAGUAGUAACUGUUGCAUCUGCAGUGGCUACAUUCAAAACGCCGAGCCUUUUAAAUAUAGCUUCGAAAGGCUCACUGUUGGCUCUUGGUGCAACAUUGGCUGCUUUGAUGGGUACCGGUUUGUUUACCAUGUCUUUGGAUUAUUCUCCUACAUUUGAUAUGAAACAUGUUGGCUGGCUUGCGCACUCUGCUCUGGUUGGCGCUAUAUGUGCUCCAUUAGCUUUUAUGGGAGGAGCAGCGGUAGUUAGAGCCAUGUGGUAUACUGCUGCUACUAUCGGUAGUUUGUCUGCUAUUGCGAUGUGCGCCCCGAGUGAUAGAUUCUUAUAUAUCGGUGGUCCAUUGGCGGCAGGUCUCGGAUUGGUCUUUAUGUCAUCUAUUGGAACUUUAUUCAUUCCUGCUACGACAGCACUAGGUUCUGGAAUGGCUUCAUUUACCCUUUAUGGUGGCUUGCUCGUAUUUUGCGGACUUUUCUUAUACGAUACCCAGCGUAUAGUACAUAGGGCUGAAACACAUCCUGUGUAUGGUUCGAAAGCAUUUGAUCCUAUCAACGCGUCAAUUUCAAUUUACAUGGACACCGUGAAUAUUUUCAUUAGAAUGGUCCAAAUUUUUGGUAAUGCUUCGGGAGGCAGAAAAAAAUGAUAUUUGUGUUGUGCAUAUAUUGUAUAGAUUAAUGCUUGAUAUGUAGAACUUUAUUAUAUUUUUAUUUGUAAUUAAUAUUUUGAUUUUCGUGAAAUAGAUUUUUCUAUUUCUGUGAACUGUGUUUUCGAAGUGUUAUUACACUGUUAUCAGAUUCAGAUGAUGAAAACAAUGAAAUCAAAGUGAGAAAACCAAUGCGAAGAUUAGGUUCAUCGUAUUUUUUGAAUACUGAAAGUAGCUUAGCCUAUCUUAAAAUGUUGAAUUCAGCAAGUUUUCACUCCACUACCAUGUAAAAGUGUGAGUAGUGCAUCGAAAUUUCAGGUUUUCUUCCUCAGCUUGAAUAUUAACUUCGAAGAUACGAGUUCAUCGCGUGUGUUAUAAUCGGGAGAUGAUGUCUAGGCUAUUUAUGAAUGUAAAUUACGUACUUGUGGUUCAUUAAAUAAUAGCAAUUCUAUGUUCAAACCAUUCGGUCUUUGCAGCUUUCAUAGCAUUAUUUUGAUUGAAUUUAUGUUAGUAACUAAGUAUCCAUUCAUACGUGAAAUAAAACACGAUAGUGAAACAAGGAGCCUCAUUGCGUGUACUCAUUCAUCAGUGCAUAUGAGAUUAAUUUUCUUCGAGUUUUCCUUAAGACUGAUUAUUCAAUUGCUGCACAUUACAUUUUAUCAUCUGUAAACAGUUUUAAAAGAAGUGGACUAGUGUAGGUGAGUUUCGAAACGAAACGUUUCUCAACAAGAAAAGAAACCAUCAGAAUUGAUUACCUAUUUAAAAAAAUUUUAUUUCUAUAAUAUGAUAAUUACACAUUUAACAACGAAUACAUACAAUCAUUACACAUUCGGCAUCAAUUCUAAUCCUUUACAUCCUCGAGCAAUAUAUAUUGAUGUAGCAGCAAAACCAAUACUUUUUACAAUACUCCAUUUGAAAGGGUCAUAGUACCAAGAUGUGAUGAAGGAUACCAUCGAAGAGCCUUUGGAUUGACGUUCUCUACCUUUGAUAGCUGAUACCAUUUUUCUGUCACAAUAAAUCAAUAACAAUUACUUUGAAAAACAAAACACUGAAACUUGUUUCGCAGUUUGUUCCUUGAAAGUUGAAAUUAAGUUGAAGCUUGCAAG